GUCAAAUCAACUAUUAAAAACCAUCCCCUCAAGAACCCACCGACUUCCUCCACGAAAAUGUCCACCUUGCCGCCCCCGUCCCAAUCGAUCCGCCUGCAGCGCUCCCAAUCGCUGCUGCGCCAAAUCUCCAACCUGGACUUCAAGAUCAACCAGAUGAAGCGGAUCGCGUCGCUUCCGGUAGCACAGCGGGCCAAGGUCGCCGCCCUGCGCCGUAACCAACGUGAUCUGAUCGAGCAGCAGGCCGAGUUCCACCGGAAGGUGCACGAAUUGGAGGUGGACUUUCAGAGCCGGUUCAGCGAGCCGAACGAGAAGCGGCGCCAGAUUGUGACCGGGUCGUACGAGUUGAAGCCGGAGGAUUUGCCGACGGGGUGGGCUGCCGGGAUGGGCGAUGAUGCGGCGGAUCAGGCGCGUGGCGUGCCGGACUUUUGGCUGACCGUGUUCAGCAUGACCCAGGUGCUGCAGGUUAUGAUCCAGGAGAAGGACGAGGCGGUUUUGCGGCGGUUGGUGGAUGUGAGGGCGGAGGUUAGGAAGGAACCGGAAGCAGGGUUUGAUUUGCUGUUUGAGUUCGAGCCGAAUGAAUUCUUUAACGAUCGGAUUUUGAAGAAGAGCUAUUUGAUGAAGUGUUGCCCGACGGAGGACAAGAUGUUUGCGUUUGACGGGUUCGAGAUUUACAAUACCGUUGGGCAGGAGAUUCAGUGGAAGGAGGGAGCGGAUUUGACGACGAAAAUGGUGAUGGAUGAGGACGGCCAGCGGCGGGAGCUGAUGGUCAAUAGCUUCUUCAGCUUUUUCAACCCGAAGAAGCUGUACGAGAAGACGGAUCCGGAGUUGAGCGCGCAGUUUCUGGAGAUGGACUUUGAGAUUGGGCAUUACAUCAAGGAACGCGUAAUUCCGAGGGCGGUCUCGUUCUUCCUCGGGGAGAAUGAUGACGAUGUUGAGGACUUUUUGGACUCACUGGAGGAGGAAGCCGUCUGUGGAGUGUACAGCAUGGAUGAGGAACGAGACCCGAAGAUGGCGGAGUUGAAGGAGGAAGCUUGAAGUACGAGUUACCAGUCCGGAGUUGGUUAUAAAUGUUCAAUAAAGAG